AUGCCGGGGAAGCUGAAAGCUAAGAUUGUGGCGGGACGUCACUUACCCGUCAUGGACAGAGCCAGCGACCUCACUGAUGCCUUCGUAGAGGUGUGCAUGGUCCAUUCUCAGUUUACUUUGAAAAAAACAUCAGGUCAACGUAAUCUUACAACUCUUUCAACACAUAUACUGUGUUACAGUGCUGCAGUACUAGCCUUGUGGUGUUCUUCAUUGAUGUUGUGUCUUACAGGUCAAGUUUGGCAACACAACUUUCAAAACAGAUGUCUACCCCAAGUCCCUUAACCCACAGUGGAACUCAGAGUGGUUCAAAUUUGAGGUAAAAUGUCUGGAUAUGACUUCUUGACUUAUUUCUCUUUGAAGGGAGGUGUUUGUGAAUGGCAUAGGAUUACAGGGUAAAGAAGCUAGGGCAGGGUUCUCCCCAAAGAUUGUAAGAGGGGCGCUGCGCCACCUUGUGGACUGGCUGCGCCACAAUAUAAAAACAACAACUUUAUUUGCCAUUUUUGCUCUAGAUUGCAGGAAAUGUCAGUUACAUGUGUUAAAAAAAAUUCUACCUCCCUCCGGGUAUCCCGCCGGCCGUACUCCGCAGCACCACCUUGUUAAAAAAUCCUGGGGCGAACCCUGUAGUGUCAACAUGAUAGUCCUGUAUUCUUGUUUCCCCAACUUUAUUGUCCCCCCUCCUCUAGGUGGAUGAUGAGGAUUUGCAGGAUGAGCCUUUACAGAUCACAGUGUUGGACCAUGACACUUACAGUGCCAACGACGCAAUAGGAAAGGUCUACAUUGACAUCGACCCACUGCUGUCCAGCGAGGCUGCUACCGUCAUCUCUGGAUGGUUCCCCAUCUACGACACUAUACACGGUGCGUUUCUUAUAGAUACUGAACAAAAAUAUAAACGCAACAUGCAGUAAUUUCUAAGAUUUUACUGAGUUAAACUUCAUAUAAGGAAAUCAGUCAAUUUAAAUAAAGAAAUUAGGCCCUAAUCUAUGGAUUUCACAUGACUGGGAAUACAGAUAUACAUCUGAUUGUCACAGAUACCUUAAAGAAAAUGGGCCCCACAAUGGGCCUCAGGAUCUCGUCACGGUAUCUCUCUGCAUUCAACUAGACAUCGAUAAAAUGCAAUUGUGUUCGCUGUUCGUAGCUUAUGCCUGCCUAUACCAUAACCCCACCGCCACCAUGGGGCACUCUGUUCACAACGUUGACAUCAGCAAACCGCUCGCCCACAGGACGCCAUACACGUAGUCUGCGGUUGUGAAGCUGGUUGGACGUGCUGCCAAAUUCUAAAAAAUUAUGGUUGAUCAAUGAACAUUCAAUUCUCUGGCAACAGCCCUGGUGGACAUUCCUGCAGUCAACAUUCCAAUUGCGCACUCCCUCAAAACUUGAGACAUCUGUGGAAUUGUGUUGUGUGGCAAAACUGCACAUUUUAGAGGGGCCUUUUAUUGUCCCCAGCACAAUGUGCACCUGUGUAAUGAUCAUGCUGUUUAAUCAGGUUCUUUAUAUGUCACACCUGUCAGGUGGAUGGAUUAUGUUGGCAAAGGAGAAAUGCUCACUAACAGGGAUGUAACAAAUUUGUGAACCAAAUUUGAGAGAAAUAUGCUUUUUGUGCGUCUGGAACAUUUCUGGGAUCUUUUAUUUCAGCUCAUGAAACAUGGGACCAACACUUUACAUGUUGCGUUUCUACGCCACUAUACGCUGAGUCUGUUAUAUACUUCCCCCCCCAUCUAUGGCACAAGUUAUAUACUUCCCCAUCAACGGUGCAUGGCCACAGUGGUACUUUUCAGAUACAUAGCCAGGCCUCUAAAGGAAUACACAGUGUUCUCUGUGUAACAGCCUGUAAAUGCAUGUUGUUCCUCUCUGCUGUAAAAACACUGCCUUACUAAAAGCUGUUAUUUAACUGUGUCUGUCUGGUAGUGAUGAUGUAGCUCCUGUCUUCCUGGUUUGAGAGGGGAGAGGAACGUGUUAGUGAAGAGUUGGGGUUUCUAGGGUUAGGUGGUGUUUAUGUCUGGUAGUAGUGUUUCUGUUCAUUCUGUCCUCUCCUAUAGGUAUAAGAGGGGAGAUUAAUGUUCUGGUGAAGGUGGACCUCUUCAACGACCUAAACCGCUUCAGACAGUCCUCCUGUGGGGUCAAGUUCUUCUGCAGUGAGUCUGGUUCACUAUGGGGAUGUACUAUAGUAGAGAGGUCUAGUGACAAGAAAUGAAUGAUGAUGAUAAGGUGUUUAUGCGUGUCUCUGUGUGUUAGCAACAUCCAUCCCGAGGUGUUACCGCGCAGCACUGGUCCAUGGCUUUGUUGAGGAGCUGGUGGUUAACGAGGACCCGGAGUACCAGUGGAUCGACCGCAUCAGAACACCCAGGGCUUCUAACGAGGCCCGCCAGCGACUCAUCUCCCUCAUGUCUGGUACACAAUCCAGCUAUCUAACUCUCUCUACAGUAUAUAUAUAUUACACUAUAUAACUAUUCUAUAGUAUUACAGUAUUACAGUAUAUUACAUCAGAACGCCAAGGGCUUCUAACGAGGCGUGUGUGUGUGUGUGUAGGUGAGCUGCAGAGGAAGAUAGGUCUGAAGGUGUUGGAGAUGGGUGGUAAUGCGGUGGUGGGCUACCUGCAAUGCUUUGAUCUGGAGGGAGAGUCAGGUCUGGUGGUCCGAGCCAUCGGCACCGCCUGCACUCUGGACAAACUCAUCCCUGGGACCGCUUCCAACACCACCACACAACCCAACACCGCCCCGGCAUCCAAUGCCUGCAACUCCCCCUCCAAGGAAAGCAAAGAGUGAGUAUUGAACGACCGCAUGAGCAUGGAGCCUGUGUGUUUGUGUGUGUGUGUGAGAGAGAGAGAGAGAGAGAGCAAGAAAGGGAGAGAGUGUGUGUGUAUGUGUUCGUGUCCUGCCUUUGGACUGACUCCUGUGUGUGUCUCAGUAUUUCUGUCUCUACAUUUGUGACCAGAUUUCCCAAUGGGGGCUUAUGUCAAAUUGACAUAAUCUUAUUGUAUUUAUUAUUGUAUUUGUCACAUGCUUCGUAGACAACAGGUGUAGACUAACAGUGAAAUGCUUACUUACGGGUCAAUUUCCAAAAAUGCAGAGUUAAAGAUAAAAUAAAAAAAUAUAAAUAGUGACACAAGGAAUAAAUACACAGUGAAUAACGAAUAAAAAUAAGGUGUGUGUGUGAUUGUGUGGCAUCAGUAUGCAUUUGUGUGCAUGUUAUGUGUGUAUGUGUGUGUUGGGGUGUCAGUGUAAGUCUGUGUGAGUCCAGUGUGUGUGCAUAGUCGGUGCAAGAGAGAGAGUGCAAAAAAGGGUCAAUGCAGGUAGUCUGGGUAGCCAUUUGAUUAGCCAUUUAGCAGUCUUGUUUAGAAGUCUUAUGGCUUGGGGGUAGAAGCUGUUCAGGGUCUCGUUGGUCCCAGACUGCAUUGGUACCGUUUGCCGUGUGGUUUCAGAGAGAACAGUCUGUGGCUUUGGGUGGCUGAAGUCUUUGGUAUAAAGGUCCUGGAUGGCAGGGAGCUCGGCCCCAGUGAUGCACCCCUGAGGGCCCCCGUGUUGAGGGUCAGUGUGCCGGAUGUGUUGUUGCCUACCCUCAGGAAAUCCAGGAUCGCGUUGCAGAGGGAGGUGUUCAGUCCCAGGGACCUUAGCUUAGUGAUGAGCUUCGAGGGCACUAUGGUGUUGAACGCUGAGCUGUAGUCAAUGAACAGCAUUCUCACGUAGGUGUUCCUUUUGGCCAAGUGGGAAAGGGCAGUGUGGCGUGCAAUAGAGAUUGCGUCAUCUGUAGUGGUGGUAUGCGAUGUGGAGUGGGUCCAGGGUGUCUGAGAUGAUGGUGUUGAUGUGAGCCAUAACCAGCCUUUAAAAGCAUUUCAUGGCUACAGAUGUGAGUGCUACAGGGCGAUAGUCAUUUAGACAGGUUACCUUGGCGUUCUUGGGCACAGGGACUGUGGUGGUCUGCUUGAAACAGGUAUUACAGACUGGGUCCGGGAGAGGUUGAACAUUUCAGUGAAGACGCUUGCCAGCUGGUCAGCGCAUGCUCUUAGUACACGUCCUGGUAAUCUGCCUUUUGAAUGUUAACUUGUUUAAAGGUCUUACUCACAUUGGCUACGGAGAGCAUGAUUACACAGUUGUCCGGAACAGCUGGUGCUGUCACGCAUGGUUCAGUGUUGCUUGCCUCGAAGAGAGCAUAGAAGGCAUUUAGCUUGUCUGGUAGGCUUGUGUCACAUGGCAGCUCGUGGCUGGGUUUCCCUUUGUAAUCUGUGAUAGUUUGCAAGCCCUGCCACAUCCAACGAGCGUCAGAGCCGGUGUAGUAGGAUUGGAUCCUUGUCCUGUAUUGACGCUUUGCCUGUUUGGUGGUUCGUCUGAGGGUGUACCAGGUUUAUAAAAAGCGUCCGGGUUAGUGUCACACUCCCUGAACGUGGCAGCUCUAGCCUUUUAGCUCAUUGUGGAUGUUGCCUGUAAUCCAUGGCUUCUGGUUGGGACACGUACAUACGGUCACUGUGGGGAGGACGUCGUUGAUGCACUUAUUAAUGAAGCCGGUGACUGAUGUGGUAAACUCCUCAAUGCCAACCGAUGAAUCCCAGAACAAUCAUGGCUAGCCAGGAAAGAUCUUGUCUUUCUCCCUAUAUAGCUCAGUGGUUUCUCCUUGGCUAAACUAGUUUCAUAAGUUUACAUUUUAUUCAUAUUUACAGAUUCCAUACAAGUUUGUAAUUAAGGCACAUGAAAGUUGACAUGUUCAAGAAGGCAUUACUGCACAAAAAAAAAUGUAUAUAUAGCGCUCACUAACUGUAAGUCGCUCUGGAUAAGAGCGUCUGCUAAAUGACUAAAAUGUAAAAAAGUAGGAACUAGCGUCAAACGGCCCCUUUGAGACGGCAUGUCACAUUUGGUGUGUGUGUGUAUUAUAUCAUGUGACAUAGCUAUAGUAUAUGCUGUAUCUGUCUGUUUUCAAAUGGCUCUACUCUCUGUGCAUUUGCAUGUUAGUGCUGCUCUCUCCUGCUCUUUCACAUUCUCUCUCUUGUUUGACUGUGUGUGUGUCUGAGGGCUGUGCAUGAGCUUGUUCCUGCUAGUAUGGUCGGAGGAAGGGAGAAGGGGGGGAUGGAUGAAUGGAGGGAUAAAAGAAGGUAGGGUGGGUGCCGGUGCAAGCAUUUUCUUUAGCUGCAGCAUGUAGGUGGGUGUUAAAAUGCAAAAGGAGGGGGUAGACAACCUCUCCUCUUUAUUUUUUAUUGUCUUUUCUUGUGCUCUAUUUUUCUUUGCUGCAAUGUUGUGGUGUGUUGUUGUUGUGUUUCUCUUCUUCUCUGCCUCUGCUGCACAUGGAUUGGCUCUUCUCUUGAUGUAUGCGUUUGGAUUGGUCCACUGUCCGUCUCUACAUGGUGAUUGGUUCAGGUCUCCUCUGGCCCACGGAUGUCGCUCCAGCCACAACAGCCCUGUCCACUCAGCCUGCAGCUCUCAGAGACUGUCCCACUCCCAGAACUUCUCUGUCUCUGUCCCUACUCUGGUCUUUACUGGUACGGACAGAGAAAAAUAGCGAGAGAGGGAAGGAGGGAGGGAGAGCGGGAAGGCUCUUCACUGGGAGGGAGGGUUAGAAAGAGAGAACCUCUGUGUUCCUACAUGGGUCUUCACUCAUACAUAGAAAGGGAGAGAUUAUAAAAGAGAAAUAAGGAGACUGACAUAAAAGAGAUAGGUAAACUGUGGGGUAAUGGAGAGCCAGAGCAAUAGAGCAUGGGACAGAGAAACUAAUGGAUAGAUAUCGAUGAGAUAGUUACCACCCUCUCCCCCCCAAAAAAAGUAACCCUCAGAGCCCAUUCUUCCUUGCCAUUGGAUGAGAAGAUUGUGACAUAAUAAUAAUAAUAAUAAUAAUAAUAAUAAUAAUAAUAAUAACAUCUUUUUGGGACAUCACCAUUUGGGACAUCACCAGUCCCAAAUGCUUCCUCUUCCUAUGUCCCCCUCAGCCAAUAAUAGAGCCCCUACAGGCAGAGCCAACCCAUUGUAAGACUUAAGAUAUCCACCCAAGCAGAUCCAUCCCUUCCACCUGUCCUCAGUACCUAGGACCUAAUUUUGCCUGAUUCCGUGUAGUUUUUUCUCAAAUUCCGCUCACAAAAUCUAACUUUUUUUAAAAAUAGGAAAACAACAACAUUGGAUGUUGUAAGUCCACAACAAUGUUUAAACCACAUCAGGAGAACACUUUUGAGGUCUGGGAAAAAUUUAACAUUUCGAUUUUUGUGUGUACUUACCCUUUAAUGCAAGUGCGAACCAGGAAGAGACCAUUGUUUGGUUAACGGUGUUUCUGUAGCGCUCAUGUGAUUGCAGAGUUUGCAAAACAAAUGGCUACUGGAUUGAUUUAAAUAAUCAUGAUAUUAUUCUUCCAGGUAGGCAACUUUGUAGUUUAAUUAAGAAGGUUUUUGGGAAAGCCUUUCCAUCUCUACCAGAAGAUUGUUCUGAUUAGCUUCAUCGCUAAUGGCUACACAAAGUGUAGACAUAUGCGCGCACUGCACACAUACACACAGACGUGCAUUCCUGUGCCGUUUCAGAAAGUUGCAGAAAAAUACGAAUCACUGAUGCAUUUCGUUCAUGUCUUAUGAUUAACUUGAGCAAAUUAAUGCAAUUUAGUUGAUUUCCUAUUAAGUUCAAUAAAUGUUUGAAUAUUCAUUAAAUUCUGUUUUAAUGUUAAGCACCCCUCUUAGUCCAGUUCAGUUCAAUCAACUUCAUUUGUCUCCAAGGGGCAGUCAUCCAGGAGUCUGUUGGGCUCAAUUCCUUUUCAAUUCUGUUUAUGUUGGAAGUUAAUUGAAAUUCCAAUUCAAGAAACUACUCAUCCCUUUGGUGUUGUUGGCUUGGCCCAUGUUGUGUUGUGUGUUUCUGCCAUGCUUUCCUCCUCAGUUGGAUAUAUCUGUGUGUGUUUCUGUUUACGCUUCAUGUGCUUGGCUUUUUAGUUCCGCAGCCCAGUCAUUUGCAGUCCACACACCUCACACACACCUAUCAGCAAAGCAUCUCUCUUUGACACACACACACACACACACACACAGAUAUAGGUGACUGAUGUGUGUGUUCUCCUGGCAGGCCCGUGUUCAGUGAGGACCCACCCCACCCCCUCUCCGUCCCUCCCACCCCUCUCAGAACCCUCCCUUCCUCCUCCUCCUCUCCUCCUCCCUUCUCUUCAUCCAAGCCAUGCAGUCGCCAGUCCUCCUCCUCAGACACAGACCUCAGUCUGACGCCCAAGAUGGGUAAGACCUCACCACCCUCCUCACCCUUCCUCACACUCUCUGUCUGCACCUUUCCUCACCCCCCACCUCUGAACCUCACUGUGUUUAAGUUUUCCAUCCCAUUUCAUUGUUUUAUUGAUUUUUUUGAUUUUUUUCAAGUCAUUGUGUUAGAAACGCACACACAGCAGCUGUGGACCAUAGAGUUCUGGUGUUGACCACGUAAAAACACACACACCCCCUAGGACAGGACAGGGUUCCCCCUACCGGCGGAAAUACACCCUGCAAACCCCCCUUUCUUCCUCUCUUCCCCUACUCCCUUCUUCCUAAAGGAUUUUUAUUUUAUGUUUUCCUGUCAGAUUUAAGGUCUUGUGACUUUCCUCCACUGUCACUUUCUUCUCUGCUUUUCUUGCUGUCUUCUUCUUUUCCCCUUGUUUUCUGGCUCACCUCUCUCCUCUCCCCACCUCCUGCCUCGCUCUCUCUCCCCCUCUUCUCCUCCUCCCCUUUCUCGCUCUCUCUCUCGUUCGCUCUCUCGCUCUCCUCACCUUUUACUCUGCCCAACAGUGACGACCUCCCAAGAGAGGUUUGUCUCCCGUCCUGGGAUCUUCCUCUGUCCCAGUUCCCCUGCCCUCUCCUCCGACUCCCAGCUCCUUCCUCCUUGGGUCUGCCCCCAAGCCAACACCCUGCCCCCUCUCCCCUCUGUCCAAUCAGAGGGGUACGUGUUGAGAAAGAGUGUAUCAUUCAGUGAAGAGCUGAUGCUGGCGGCCUCUGGUAGGAGAGUCCUGACAACACUCUUUUUUUAUAACACUAUAACAACCUGCAGGAGUCACGAUGCCCAACAACAUCCCUUAUAAUACCUGUUACACUUAAAUAGUUAAAUAGCCUUUAUUAUAGUCUCUGGUAGGGCACAGAGUGCAAAAGUCGUGAUGGUCUAAAACACCUUUUACAAACAGCAUCUAAAACCACCCCUUAGAAACCCCUAUAACAAUUUUUGUAAGUGUAUUAUUAUUAUUAUUUAUUUUUAAAUACCUUAUUUACAUAAGUAUUCAGACCCUUUGCUAUGAGACUCGAAAUUGAGUUCAGGUGCAUCCUGUUUCCAUUGAUCAUCCUUGAUGUUUCUACAACUUGAUUGGAGUCCACCUGUGGUAAAUUCAAUUGAUUGGACAUCAUUUUGGAAAGGCACACACCUGUCUAUAUAAGGUCCAACAAUUGACAGUGUAUGUCAGAGCAUAAACAAAGCCAUGAGGUUGAAGAAAUUGUCUGUAGAGCUCCGAGACAGAAUUAUAUCGAGGAACAGAUCUGGGGAAGGGUACCAAAACAUUUCUGCAGCAUUAAAGGUCCCCAGGAACACAGUGGCCUCCAUCAUUCUUAAAUGGAAGAAGUUUGGAACCACCAAGACUAUUCCUAGAGCUGGCCGCCCUGCCAAACUGAGCAAUCGGGGGAGAAGGGCCUUGGUCAGGGAGGUGAUCAUGAACCAGAUGGUCACUGACAGAGCUCCAGAGUUCAUCUGUGAAGAUGGGAGAACCUUCCAGAAGGACAACGAUCUCUGCAGCACUCCACCAAUCAGGCCUUUAUAGUAGAGUGGCCAGACGGAAGCCACUCCCUUGUAAAAGGCACAUGACAACCCGCUUGGAGUUUGCCAAAAGGAACCUUAAGGACUCUCAGACCAUGAGAAACAAGAUUCUGUGGUCUGAUGAAACCAAGAUUGAACUCUUUGGCCUGAAUGCUAAGCGUCACGUCUGGAGGAAACCUGGCACCAUCCCUACGGCGAAGCGUGGUGGUGGCAGCAUCAUGCUGUGGGGAUGUUUUUCAGCGGCAGGGACUGGGAAACUAGUCAGGAUCGAGGGAAAUAUGAAACGGAGCAAAGUACAGAGAGAUCCUUGAUGAAAACCUGCUCCAGAGCAUUCAGGACCUCAGACUGGGGCAAAGUUUCACCUUCCAACAGGACAACGACCCUGAGCACACAGCCAAGACAACGCAAGAGUGGCUUCGGGACAAGUCUCUGAAUGUCCUUGAGUGCCCCAGCCAGAGCCCGGACUUGAACCCGAUCAAACAUCUCUGGAAAGAGCUGAAAAAAGCUGUGCAGCGAAGCUCCCCAUCCAACCUGACAGAGCUUGAGAGGAUCUGCAGAGAAGAAUGGGAGAAACUCCCUAAAUACAGGUGUGCCUAGCUUGUAGCGUCAUACCCAAGAAGACUCGAGGCUGUAAUCGCUGCCAAAGGUGCUUCAACAAAGUACUGAGUAAAGGGUCUGAAUACUUACGUAAGUGUGAUAUUUCAGUUGUUUAUUUUUAGUACAUUUGCAAACAUUUCUAAAAAGCUGUUUUUGCUUUGGCAAUAUGGGGUAUUGUGUGUAGAUUUGAUGAGGGGGAAAAAACAAUUUAAUCAGACCUUACCCCGCUUGACCUUACCCCACUUAACCUUGGGUAAAUUGUUCAUCUCUGCUGGUCUCUGGCCCUCAUACUGACUGCCUUGGAGGGACCACCUUCUCCUGGCCAUUUCUCCACCUCAAUGUGUGGUUUAAGGCAUGUCCAGACCCCCACCCCCAUUUAUGAGUCUCUAUAAGGUGGCGUAGUCUGCAGCCUCCCAGGCCAGGCCAGUGGCAGGUAGAGUAGUGUACAGAGGGGAUAAUAAAGUAGCUCUUUGGACUCUAUCCUCACAGGUAUAUGUAUGGGAAUGUUGUCAUUAACAAAGAUGUGUGGUAAUUACUAUGUACACUGAACAAAAAUAUAAAUGCAACAAUUUCAAAGAUUUUACUGAGUUUCAGUUUAUAUUAGGAAAUCAGUCAAUUGAAAUAAAUUAAUUAGGCCCUAAUCUAUGGAUUUCACAUGACUGAGAAUACAGAUAUGCAUCUGUUGGUCACAGAUACCUUAAAAAUGUAGGGGAGUGGAUCAGAAAACCAGUCCUUAUUUGGUGUGAGCGUCCCAAACAUGCUCAAUGGGUGACAUGUCUGGUGAGUAUGCAGGCCAUGGAAGAACUAGGGCAUGUUCAGCUUCCAGGAUUUGUGUACAGAGCCUUGCGACACGGGGCUGUGCAUUAUCAUGCUGAAACAUGAGGUGAUGGCGGUGGAUGAAUGGCACGACAAUGGGCCUCAGGAUCUCAUCACGGUAUCUCUGUGCAUUCAAAUUGCCAUCGAUAAAAUUACAUUUUGUUUGUUGUCGCAGCUUAUGCCUGCCCAUACCAUAACCCCACCACCACCAUGGGGCACUCUGUUCACAACAUUGACAUCAGCGAACCGCUCGCUCACACAACGCCUACACGCUUUCUGCCAUCUGCCUGGUACAGUUGAAACCGGGAUUCAUCCGUGAAGAGCACACUUCUCCAGCAUGCCAGUGGCCAUAGAAGAUCAGCAUUUGCCCACUGAAGUCAGUUAUGACGCCAAUACCCUGGUGAGGACGACGUGCACGCACAUGAGCUUCCCUGAGACAGUUUCUUACAGUUUUUGCAGAAAUUCUGUCCGCUGUCCGGGUGGCUGGUCCGGGUGGCUGGUCUCAGAUGAUCCUGCGGGUGAAAAAGCCAGGUGUGGAGGUCCUGGGCUGGCGUGGUUACAUGUGGUGUGCAGUUGUGAGGCCGGUUGGACGUACUGCCAAAUUCUCUAAAAUGAUGUUGGUGGCUUGGUAGAGAAAUUAACAUUAAAUUAUUUUACAUUUACAUUUACGUCAUUUAGCAGACGCUCUUAUCCAGAGCGACUUACAAAUUGGUGCAUUCACCUUAUGAUAGCCAGUGGGACAACCACUUUACAAAUCUUAUUUUUUUAAUUUUUCUUGUUUUUUUAGUUUUAGUUCUUAUAUUUGUUCUUUUUUUUUUUUUAUUGUUAAUUUUUUAUUUUUAAGUAUAUUUUUACUUUUCAUUUGUUUUAUAUAUACACUGCUCAAAAAAGUAAAGGGAACACUUAAACAACACAAUGUAACUCCAAGUCAAUCACACUUCUGUGAAAUCAAACUGUCCACUUAGGAAGCGACACUGAUUGACAAUAAAUGUCACAUGCUGUUGUGCAAAUGGAAUAGACAACAGGUGGAAAUUAUAGGCAAUUAGCAAGACACCCCCAAUAAAGAAGUGGUUCUUCAGGUGGUGACCACAGACCACUUCUCAGUUUCUAUGCUUCCUGGUUGAUGUUUUGGUCACAUUUGAAUGCUGGCGGUGCUUUCACUCUAGUGGUAGCAUGAGACGGAGUCUACAACCCAUACAAGUGGCUCAGGUAGUGCAGCUCAUCCAGGAUGGCACAUCAAUGCGAGCUGUGGCAAGAAGGUACAGUGGGGAAAAAAAGUAUUUAGUCAGCCACCAAUUGUGCAAGUUCUCCCACUUAAAAAGAUGAGAGAGGCCUGUAAUUUUCAUCAUAGGUACACGUCAACUAUGACAGACAAAUUGAGAAAAAAAAAUCCAGAAAAUCACAUUGUAGGAUUUUUUAUGAAUUUAUUUGCAAAUUAUGGUGGAAAAUAAGUAUUUGGUCACCUACAAACAAGCAAGAUUUCUGGCUCUCACAGACCUGUAACUUCUUCUUUAAGAGGCUCCUCUGUCCUCCACUUGUUACCUGUAUUAAUGGCACCUGUUUGAACUUGUUAUCAGUAUAAAAGACACCUGUUCACAACCUCAAACAGUCACACUCCAAACUCCACUAUGGCCAAGACCAAAGAGCUGUCAAAGGACACCAGAAACAAAAUUGUAGACCUGCACCAGGCUGGGAAGACUGAAUCUGCAAUAGGUAAGCAGCUUGGUUUGAAGAAAUCAACUGUGGGAGCAAUUAUUAGGAAAUGGAAAACAUACAAGACCACUGAUAAUCUCCCUCGAUCUGGGGCUCCACGCAAGAUCUCACCCCGUGGGGUCAAAAUGAUCACAAGAACGGUGAGCAAAAAUCCCAGAACCACACGGGGGGACCUAGUGAAUGACCUGCAGAGAGCUGGGACCAAAGUAACAAAGCCUACCAUCAGUAACACACUACGCCGCCAGGGACUCAAAUCCUGCAGUGCAAGACGUGUCCCCCUGCUUAAGCCAGUACAUGUCCAGGCCCGUCUGAAGUUUGCUAGAGUGCAUUUGGAUGAUCCAGAAGAGGAUUGGGAGAAUGUCAUAUGAAACCAAAAUAUAACUUUUUGGUAAAAACUCAACUCGUCGUGUUUGGAGGACAAAGAAUGCUGAGUUGCAUCCAAAGAACACCAUACCUACUGUGAAGCAUGGGGGUGGAAACAUCAUGCUUUGGGGCUGUUUUUCUGCAAAGGGACCAGGACGACUGAUCCGUGUAAAGGAAAGAAUGAAUGGGGCCAUGUAUCGUGAGAUUUUGAGUGAAAACCUCCUUCCGUCAGCAAGGGCAUUGAAGAUGAAACGUGGCUGGGUCUUUCAGCAUGACAAUGAUCCCAAACACACCACCCGGGCAACGAAGGAGUGGCUUCGUACGAAGCAUUUCAAGGUCCUGGAGUGGCCUAGCCAGUCUCCAGAUCUCAACCCCAUAGAAAAUCUUUGGAGGGAGUUGAAAGUCUGUGUUGCCCAGCGACAGCCCCAAAACAUCACUGCUCUAGAGGAGAUCUGCAUGGAGGAAUGGGCCAAAAUACCAGCAACAGUGUGUGACAACCUUGUGAAGACUUACAGAAAACGUUUGACCUGUGUCAUUGCCAACAAAGGGUAUAUAACAAAGUAUUGAGAAACUUUUGUUAUUGACCAAAUACUUAUUUUCCACCAUAAUUUGCAAAUAAAUUCAUAAAAAAUCCUACAAUGUGAUUUUCUGGAUUUUCUUUCCUCAUUUUGUCUGUCCUAGUUGACUUGUACCUAUGAUGAAAAUUACAGGCCUCUCUCAUCUUUUUAAGUGGGAGAACUUGCACAAUUGUUGGCUGACUAAAUACUUUUUUCCCCCACUGUAUGCUGUGUCUGUCAGCAUGGUGUCCAGAGCAUGGAGGCGCUACCAGGAGACAGGCCAGUACAUCAGGAGACGUGGAGGAGGCCAUAGGAGGGCAACAACCCAGCAGCAGGACUGAUACUUCCGCCUUUGUGCAAGGAGGAGCAGGAGGAGCACUGCCAGAGCCCUGCAAAAUGACCUCCAGCAGGCCACAAAUGUGCAUGCGUCUGCUCAAACGGUCAGAAACAGACUCCAUGAGGGUGGUAUGAGGGCCCGACGUCCACAGGUGGGGGUUGUGCUUACAGCCCAACACCGUGCAGGACGUUUGGCAUUUGCCAGAGAACACCAAUAUUGGCAAAUUCGCCACUGGCGCCCUGUGCUCUUCACAGAUGAAAGCAGGUUCACACUGAGCACGUGACAGACGUGACAGAGUCUGGAGACGCCGUGGAGAACGUUCUGCUGCCUGCAACAUCCUCCAGCAUGACCGGUUUGGUGGUGGGUCAGUCAUGGUGUGGGGUGGCAUUUCUUUGGGGGGCCGCACAGCCCUCCAUGUGCUCGCCAGAGGUAGCCUGACUGCCAUUAGGUACCGAGAUGAGAUCCUCAGACCCCUUGUGAGACCAUAUGCUGGUGCGGUUGGCCCUGGGUUCCUCCUAAUGCAAGACAAUUCUAGACCUCAUGUGGCUGGAGUGUGUCAGCAGUUCCUGCAAGAAGAAGGCAUUGAUGCUAUGGACUGGCUCGCCCAUUCCACAGACCUGAAUCCAAUUGAGCACAUCUGGGACAUCAUGUCUCGCUCCAUCCACCAACGCCACGUUGCACCACAGACUGUCCAGGAGUUGGCGGAUGCUUUAGUCCAGGUCUGGGAGGAGAUCCCUAAGGAGACCAUCCGCCACCUCAUCAGGAGCAUGCCCAGGCGUUGUAGGGAGGUCAUACAGGCACGUGGAGGCCACACACACUACUGAGCAUAAUUUUGACUUGUUUUAAGGACAUUACAUCAAAGUUGGAUCAGCCUGUAGUGUGGUUUUCCACUUUAAUUUUGAGGGUGACUCCAAAUCCAGACCUCCAUGGGUUGAUACAUUUGAUUUCCAUUGAUAAUUUUUCUGUGAUUGUGUUGUCAGCACAUUCAACUAUGUAAAGAAUAAAGUAUUUAAUAAGAUUAUUUCAUUCAUUCAGAUUUAGGAUGUGUUGUUUAAGUGUUCCCUUUAUUUUUUUGAGCAGUGUAUAUAUAUAUAUAUAUAUAUAGUUUUUUUCCCUCGUUUUAUUUUAUUGUAUUUUUUUUGUUAUUUUAUAGUUAUUUUUAUUUAUUUAUUUCUCAAUUUGUAAUCCUUUUUUCCCCAAGCACCAUGGUCUUGUAGCAGAUGCGAGCUUCAACUGGAAGCCAGUGGAGUGUGUGGAUGGAGCGGGGUGACGUGAGAGAACUUGGGAAGGUUGAACACCAGACGGGCUGCAGCUCUGUUGGACAUUCCUGCAGUCAGCAUGCCAAUUGCACGCUCCCUCAACUUGAGACAUCUGUGGCAUUGUUUGACCAAAACUGCACAUUUUAGAGUGGCCUUUUGUUGUCCCCAGCACAAGGUGCACCUGUUUAAGGAUCAUGCUGUUUAAUCAGUUUAUUGAUAUGCCAUACCUGUCAGGUGGAUGGAUUAUCUUGGCAAAGGAGAAAUGCUCACUAACAGGGAUGUAAACACAUUUGUGCACAAAAUUUGAGCAAAAUAAGAUUUUUGUGCGUAUGGAACAUUUCUGGGAUCUUUUAUUUCAGGUCUUGAAACAUGGGACCAACACUUUGCAUGUUGCGUUUAUAUUUUUGUUCAGUAUAGAUAUUAGCCUGGUAGUCUAAGGGAUAGGAUUAAUAUGGGAUUUGCAUGGUUGUCGAGGCGUUCCGGCUCACACAAGCCAAGGCCUGUCAAGGGUACUUACUUACUUCCUAUGGUUUUUGAGGAAUGCCAGCUAUCUGUGAUGAAGCGAUGUGAUUGGUGAAGUGUUGUUCUCUCAUCCUAUCAGGGAUGGGGAGUGGGGGCAGCGUUGGAAAAGAGGCAGGGCCUCUGAAGACCCUCCUCAGACAGCAGGCCCAAUCAGCAUUGGAGCAGAGGGUACGCACACACACCGCACACACCAUACCGCAUUUAGCUGUGUGAAUGGGUAAUUGUGAAGAGUGUGUGAGGGUGAAGUAUGAUUAUGUAAGAUUGAAUAAUGUUCCCUUUCUCCAUCCUCUUGACCACUUCUUUCUCUCAGGGAGCCUCAUCCUCUGGUAUAUUUGUAAACACCAGGGUAUGUCUCUCACCCACACACACACACACCCACACACACACUCACACACACACACACACACUCACUCACUGUUCUGGAUGCCUCUAUUAAACCUCUCUUUCCUGUCUGGGUUCUGCUCAGAGAUUCUACUCUUGAGUUGGACUGUUUCUCAAAAGUCUACAGCAACUUCCUCUUCUCCAUCUGCACUGAUCUGUUAACACAGGACAGGUAGAAGCAACAUGGAGGAUACCUACUAGCGAUAUGCUUUUACCUGUUCAGUUCUGUCAUUUGUCACCAGUGCAGAUAGAGGAGAGAAGAAAGGUAGAUUGUUGAGAUGCAGCCUUAGUCCCCCCCCCCCCCGAUCGAUAGUAACAAGCACGCUCCACUCCGUUACCAUGGCAAUAUCACUAUUACUCAGGUUAGGAAAUUGCUGGUCUAGACCAGUAUGCUGUAGCAGUUCCUCAUAUCCAUAACAUUGGCAUGUCUGAAACACACAGCCUCACUCUGCAUGGGGGAUUGCCGUCCCACUCACUACCCCAUCAUCUGGAUGACACCUGUCCUGGAUCACACCUUUUACACACUGGGUUGACUACAGACUGUCACAGCAGGAGGCUGACUCUCUGUUACACAAUGAGAUGUUCAAUUAAACUCUGCAUUGUAUUACUGGUAUGCUGUUAUUGUAUAAACUGUAUAUCAGGGUUAUUCAAAUCCAGACCUCGAGAUCAGUAGUCCUGUUGGUUUGCAUCCUUCCCCCUCUAAUCAGGGACUGAUUCAGACCUUGGUGAUAAUCAAUCAAUUGAACUAACUAGCAGGGAGAAAAGCCAACCAGCAGUACUGCAGACCUCCAGGCCUUGACUUGAGGCCUGUUGUAUACUCUCUGCCUGCCUGUCCUCUGUCUAGUUGUGUAUCUGAGGUAGAAGAGAAGAACCAACACUAACUCAUUUAGCAGAUUACUCCGCUGCUGCUACUAAAUUAAUUAAAUAUGUUAGUACUUCUUUCAGUCAGUGUGGGUUUUUCUCUUCUAUCUUAUGCCCUUACAACCCUGCACCAUAUUGUAUGAUGAAGAUGGGGUUGAGCGCGCCAAUCCUUCAUUCUACUGUCACGGAGACAGGUUUGACCCCUAACCAGACUUUUUCUGACCCUGUGUAUUUUCAGGAGUUCCCCUUCUUCACGUUGACCUGUUUUCCCCCCGGCUUCCUGGUUCACAUCGGGGGAGUGGUCAGCGCCCGCUCGGUCAAGCUGCUUGACCGCAUACACAACCCU